UAAUGUAAUCGCCAUGAUGUACAUCACGUGACCUGCUUGUGCCCACCGGAAGACGCGCGGCAGCUCUAGGUCCUGCCGUGUUUCUAUGGUGUUGCAGACUCUUCAAUGUGGAUCACUACAUGGCGGUAACGGGAAACACUGCGAUAGCUGCAAUAUUGUGAGAGCUUUGCUAGCAAGUCUCCACGGGCUUCUCGAUCCUGGUUGGCUCAGUAAAGCAUAGCCUCAUUGUGAGGCAAAGGUUUGAUGAUGGAGAAUGGACAAGGCACAGGUGCAAAGCUUGGACUGCCGCCUCUUACGCCAGAGCAGCAGGAGGCGUUACAAAAGGCUAAGAAGUAUGCUAUGGAACAGAGCAUAAAGAGUGUUUUAGUGAAACAGACCAUUGCCCACCAGCAGCAGCAGCUCACAAACUUACAGAUGGCAGCAGUGACAAUGGGCUUUGGAGAUCCUCUCUCAUCUUUACACUCGAUGGCAGCAGUGACAAUGGGCUUUGGAGAUCCUCUCUCAUCUUUACACUCGGUGGCAGCACAGAGGCAGCGAGCACUGGCCAUCAUGUGUCGCGUGUAUGUGGGCUCCAUUUAUUACGAGCUGGGGGAAGACACCAUCCGACAGGCCUUUGCCCCCUUUGGUCCUAUAAAGAGUAUUGACAUGUCGUGGGACUCUGUCACCAUGAAACACAAGGGUUUUGCCUUUGUGGAGUAUGAGGUUCCCGAAGCAGCUCAGCUGGCCUUGGAGCAGAUGAACUCUGUCAUGCUGGGUGGAAGAAACAUUAAGGUGGGGCGGCCAAGUAACAUCGGACAGGCGCAGCCUAUCAUUGACCAACUGGCUGAGGAGGCACGUGCCUACAACCGAAUCUAUGUAGCCUCAAUCCACCCAGAUCUAUCUGACGAUGACAUCAAGAGCGUCUUUGAGGCCUUUGGAAAAAUUAAAAGUUGUAUGCUGGCACGGGAACCCACCACGGGAAAGCACAAGGGCUUUGGAUUUAUCGAAUAUGAAAAGCCUCAGUCAUCACUGGAUGCCGUCUCAUCUAUGAACCUGUUUGAUCUUGGUGGUCAGUACCUAAGAGUUGGGAAGGCUGUUACUCCUCCCAUGCCUCUGUUGAUGCCUACGACCCCUGGAGGUUUGCCUCCGGCUGCUGCCGUGGCUGCUGCUGCAGCAACCGCCAAGAUCACUGCUCAGGAGGCUGUUGCGGGAGCGACAGUGCUGGGUUCUCUUGCUUCACCAGCGCACAUUCUCAGUCAGCAAAUGGGUCUACCACAAGCCGUAUUGGCUGCACAGGCCCCUGGCAUCAUUACAGGUGUUACACCUGCUCGCCCCACUCUCCCUGUAGUCCCCCAGGUUGGUUUGGUCAACCCAGUAUUAGCAUCCCCUCCGGUCACAUCAUCUGGUUUUUCGGGCACACCUACAUCUAUACUGCAGACGCAUACUGGAGUAAAGCGAGAGGAAGACAAUCGGCGAUCUGACGAAGACCAUGAUCGGCCAGUGGGAAAUGGUCAGGACAGUGAACUGGAAAAGCUGAGCGUCAGUGCAAGUGGAGGAAAACCAACAGCCAUGCAUUCAAAGUCAACGGUGAUGGUGCUACGCAACAUGGUGGGCCCAGAGGACAUUGACGAUGACCUGGAAGGUGAAGUGAUGGAGGAAUGUGGAAAGUAUGGCGCUGUUAAUCGGGUUAUCAUAUACCAGGAGCGACAGGGCGAAGAGGACGGUGCUGAGAUAAUAGUGAAGAUCUUCGUGGAGUUCUCAGAUGCUGGUGAAAUGAACAAGGCCAUCCAGGCCCUUAAUAACCGCUGGUUUGCUGGUCGCAAGGUUGUGGCCGAAGUGUACGAUCAAGAGCGCUUUAAUAACAGCGACCUCUCUGCAUAAGACUGUCCCACAAUGGCAACUGGUCUGUCUCUUUAGGCUCAAACUCACUCAGCUUUCAUCAUUGCUGCUAGAGAUUUGGGCCUCUUUGAAACUUGUAAUUAUUUUUUUAUUGAUGUUGAUAGGUAAUAAUAUUAUUGGAAAAAUCCCAAUGGAGGCAUUUAGCUUAGGACAAAAAAUGUGCUUCUCAUGCAUUUUCUUUGUGUCACCUACUGUGAAAUACUCGCAUUUUUUAACUGUCAUUAUUUUUUUUUUCUAAUUUUGAUGCAAUUUUUCCCAUUCCCACCCCCACUUUUUUACAAAUGGCAACUUUUCUCCACUGACAUUGUGUUGAAAUUCUAAACAUUGUGUUGGUGACAUUGGUUCUGGCUUUACCAAAACAAUAAAUUUCUCUAAUAUGCA